AUGAAGUUUUCUGUUGGAACUGUUUUGGCGGCAACGCUUGCCUUGACAUAUCCUGUCCAAGCUAGGAAUGCUCCAUUGAACGGCCGCGAUCCAGUUGCCGCCGUCAAUGAAGCCAAGGGCUCUCAGGACAAUGUGGCACCUCAUAAAGAGGCAGUUACCAAACUCAUUUGGAUCCGAGAUGGGGCUUCCAUGACUGCUACGCCUUCUGCCCAUCCCAAUCCGAUCUUCAGACACCCAAAGGCCUCCACCCAACUUCCUCAGCCCUCAGAAGCACUCAAUGAGGGACAUCCCUCAAAACAGCCUUCAGCUACUAUAAACGAAGGUGAUCAAGGCACAGAGUCGACAGGGUCUCCGAACCAUGAUUUGAAUCAGUCGAGUCCAUCCGAGACUCCAUCUCCCCCUUCAAACACACCUGAGCCAUCUGUGAUUCCAAUCAGCCGUUCAAACACCCCAACCUCAUCGGGGAUUCCCCAUCCAAGCCAACCGGGUUCUUCUGAGGCUCCAUAUCCCCCUUCAAACACACCUGAGCCAUCUGUGAUUCCAAUCAGCCGUUCAAACACCCCAACCUCAUCGGGGAUUCCCCAUCCAAACCAACAGGGUUCUUCUGAGACUCCAUCUCACCCUUCAAACACACCUGAGCCAUCGGGAAUUCCCAAUCCAAGCCAACCGGGUUCUUCUGAGGCUCCAUCUCCCCCUUCAAACACACCUGAGCCAUCUGUGAUUCCAAUCAGCCGUUCAAGCGCCCCAAGCCCAUUGGGGAUUCCCCAUCCAAGCCAACCGAAUUUUUCUGAGACUCCCACCACUCACUCACCCGAGCUGGGUGCGUCGAAACCCGUUGGCUCGUCCGAGACAAACACGCCCCUUACGCCCUCCCAAGAGGGCAUUGGAUCGGACUCCGCCACACCUUCAAAGAUGCCAGAGCAGACAGGCUCGCCAAGUGCUACUCCAACUCGUGCAUCUUCCAACUCUGAUUCGACAAUUCAGUCGUCUAUGAUGACUGCCACUACCAGUGGACAUACUACAACUGAAGCCGUGCUCGUUCCUGUAACAACCGUCAAAAUUACCAAAGGCCACGAGACCAGCAGUGUCACUUUUACCGCUACCUCUGUUACUACCUCAGAGGGUUCAAAGCCAACGAUUGCAUGGGGCUGUGCUUCGAGUGACCUUUGUGGCUCUGGCACAACAGACUCCGGAGGAAGCAGUGGUGGCUGUGUUGUUCCACUGCUUUGUCCGUCGGACCAUAACUGGGGUAUCGGCGGUGGCUGGUCCCCAUCUGGAAACCCGUCACCUGGUGGUCCAAGCCCUCCUCCUUCAACACCCGAAAUCCCUUCGGGCUCGGGCUCUGAAGAGCCUGAUGAUGAUCCUGAAGAUGACAACACUACUACGUCGGCGACCACAACCGAUAAGACAACUUCUUCGACCACAUCUGCCACUUCAUCCACUACCUCUCCCUCUUCCUCCAAGCUGCGCCUUUGCAUGACCGUUGUUGAAUCGGGUACAGUAGUAUCCACUCAGACACCAACUACUAGUUCAAAGGCUACUACAAGUGCAACUUCGACCCCAACCAGUGCCUCUAAGCUACGUCUUUGCAUGACAGUUGUCGAAUCUGGCUCAGUAACAACUACCAGCGAGGCAGCAACUACCAGCGAGGCAACCACCACCAGCAAGGCAACCACCACGAGUGACAAAAAGUCCAACACCAUCACUUCCGCACCCAAGACAUUCACCACCACCACAAAGAGUCCAGAGGGCUCUCUGUGUCGUAUUAGGCAAGAUCCUCAUGGUCCAAGUUCAUGCAUCUGCACUGCUGGAACUACUGAGACUUGGCUCCCAACCCAGAGCAAAUACGGCGGAUGCGGAUACAGCACGCUGCCCACGCCGACGGAGACGGCAACAACAAACGACCAGCCUCCACCAACACUUGGACCCGUCACGUCCACGACCACAAAUGAUGAACUCAUCAUCUGGCCCACUCAAACCAUCAAAUAUAUCGAAGCCGGAUUAGGAACCAUGUUGACAGAGACCUAUCCUGCUGGUGAGCCCACAACCAGCACGAUAACCGCCGAUACACCCGAAGUUACAGGCUGGAACCCCAAGGGGUCCUCCAUUUGUGGAACUACUAUCGGCGACGGUUUGAAUCCUCACUGUGAGGCUGCCUGGGCAAAUUACGACGACGAUACAGUCUACACGGAGAAGACAAAGAGACAUGACUCGAACUCGCUUGGCAUGGGCUGUAUAGCCGAAUACGCUUGCUCUGAGGAGUACGGUCAUUACACGCCUGGACUGACUGGAACACAGCUCAAGGGACUGUUUGCGGCUAUUUACGAGACUAAAGGAAACGGAAUCGGGACGUGUGGUUUCGCUGAGCUGUCUAGUAACUGUACAGUGACGCUUAACUAUUGUGCCUCGUGCAAGGAUGUCAACUAG